ACUUAUAUUAUUUAUAGCGUUAUUUUUCUGUAUUAUUGCAUGAAUUUACAUUAAAACUUUAAUAAAAGUAGUACUUAACAGUGCAGUUAGUCAAAAUGACCCCAUCAAAAUGCCCUGUGAAGGAAUUAGACGAGAAAUACGUCAAGUUAAUUGGCAAAUUCGUCUCUGACAUUAGAAAUGGGAAGUUACGAGGCACAAAUAACAUUGCUUUGGCAAUGGUCACUUUAUUGGAGACUAUUAUAACAGAUUCUCAGAAUGCUACAGCAUUUGAACUCUGUGGCACAGUCCGUGCAGUUGGACGUCACGUAUCUUCAGCAUUACCACAUGAGCUGGUUGCCGCUAAUGUGGCCCGGAGAGUGUUGAGAGCUAUCCGGGAUGAGAACAGGGCUCAUGCUAAUCAGAGUAUAGAAGGAUCUGGGGAGAGUCUCCAACGCCUGGUGCUGGCCGCUGGCUCCCGUCGUGCCACCCUGGGUGCUGCACAGCAUGACUUGAGGGAACCAUUGAGAGACCAUAUUGCUGAGCUCCGAGGUGAAAUAGAAUCCAGCAUAUCGUCAAUCUGCAGCCAAGCUCGAGAGCACGUCCACGCAGACGAGCUGAUCCUGACUUGCGGAGGCAGCGUGGUGGCUGAGCGGUUCCUCAGGGCUGCAGCACCCAGGAACUACAAGCUCAUACUGGCCACAGGGCCCGACACCACACAGAGUCACGCGAUGGCGAAUCGUCUGAGUGCGGCCGGAGUGCCCGUCACUGUGAUCGGCUCCGAAGCUAUAUAUGCUGUCAUGUCCAGAGUUAAUAAGGUGAUAAUAAGCGUGAAGGCGGCGCUGAGCGGCGGCGCGGUGUUCGUGGCGCCCGGCAUGCACGCCGUCACGCAGGCCGCCAAGCACUUCAGUGUGCCCGUGCUAGCCCUAGCUCCGCUAUACAAGCUGUACCCGGGGCACGGGAACUACGCCACCAUGGUCAACGGGCUAGCAGCGCCACACACUGCCAUCUCUUAUGAUCGUCCGGAGACAGCGAGCGCGAAUGUGCACGUGUUCGCGCCGCAAUACGACUUCGCGCCGCCUGACCACGUCACGUUGUUCAUUACUAAUUUAGGCGGCAGCUCACCAUCGUACAUGUAUCGGAUGGUUUCCGAACUCUAUGAUCCGAACGACAACUGUUUGUAAAUAUAUUUUAAAAAAUCUUUCUACUAGGGAUGUCUGCUUUAACUCUACAGAAAAUAAAAUAAAAAACCUGCCAAGUGCAAGACGGACUCGCCCAUGAAGGGUUUUGUACUAUUAAUAUCUAUAAAAAAUAUUGUGUCCUGUAUUUUUUUUAUUUUACCACAGUAAAUACAUGAAAAAAUGUAUAUAAUUGAUCAGAACAAAACCUAUUUCUAACGAAAUCUCUUUUCAGAAGACCCAUAUUACACAUUAUGUAAAUUUUUUGUUCAGUAUUACGUAAGUACGGAACCCAUUGUGCGUCUAAUUCGCAAUUGGCCAGUUUUUUCGCUUUCUCAGCUAUUUUUUCCGUUAGGUCAAAGCAGACUCCCACUUCGUAUAAGUUAGGUCAUCUUCGGGAAAGAUCGUCAAACUUCGGAUGAUUUCGGGAACUGUGAAAUAGGUGUUCCGAAAUAUAACUCCUUAUGAGCAUGACCAGUAAUAUUUGACUGCUGCGUCUCAAUUAAUUAAUUAAUAUAAUCUAAGAGAUUAUUUUCGGAAAACACUGUAAAUUGCUCUUCGGUGUAUUUUUUUUCUAAUUCUAUUGACGUAUUGAUAUUGUGUAGUGGAGAGAUCACGGACUGUCAAACGCAGUUUAUAGGCUGUUCCCAAUUUUCGAUCUAUCUUUUUUAUGUGGCUAAUGUCAAAAUUCUAUAGUAAUCGGCACGAAUCUUGAGCUCUGACCUACAUCUGCGCAGAAGUGAUUUAUUAGCAAAGAACCAAUCCCGAUUGACGGCUAUGACGCGAUGCACUGCAGGCCAAUCACCGCUUUAGCCCGCCCGCGCCUCACGCAAUACCACCAAAGGGACACAAUAAAUUCCUUCUGCGCAGGUGAAGGUCAGCGCUCAAGAUUCGUGCCGAUGACUAUAUCUCUAGUAAGCAAAGAAAUAGUUGAUAGGAUUAUUGGGAGCGGCUGUAGGUCGGUUUCCAAUGAGAUGGUAGGACGAUCAGAGUUCAGCAUUCGUUCUAUGGUGAUGACCAUUGAUAUUGCGUUUACAACGCUGGGUAGUAGAUAAUUUUACUGACAAUCUAUUUUAAAAUUCAAACUUUUAUAAGUACCUCUAUGUGUUUCUAAUAAAAAAAAUGAAAUAGUCAAAUAGUUUAGUUCUCGCCAAACAUUUUGUCGUCCUGUUUUUGACAUCGUUUAGCGAGAACUUAUACCGUCGUACCACAAAAACGUCUAAACAUCUGUUGAACACUUGUCUUUAAAAAAUGACAGAUUAUGAUGUUGGAAUAAGGGCCAUUUUGCAGCCACAUUUUUUUAGACAAGUGUUCAACAGAUGUUUAAGUUUUUGUAGUAGACCAUUGAUGUUUAGAAGUUCUAUAAUAUGCUGAAUGAUAAUGCUGGCUCAAUGUUUAAAUUGUAAGUAGAAUUGUCUAAAUUAUACACUUCCGAUGUAAAUAAAUUGUAUAAUAAAAGAAUUUUAUACAAAA